UGGGCAAAGGGAGUGACGAACCGAAACCAAGUAUGCCUUUCUACCAAGGGGAUAAAGCGACGCGUGUUAAAAUUGCAUUAUCGGAAUCGGGUGUGAAUCGAUCCGCGUCAAAUGCCAUUUGAUUCUGACAAAGGGGCAGUGGCACCUCCGCUUUGGAGUCUCCUUAAGGGAAAGGUUGUGUGCCUCCUCCCCCAACGCCGAACGUGGCCCUGCCUAUCUGCGGAAACCCCACCGCCGCCUCGCCGCUACUAGCCGUCAGCCGCAGCCGGGCAGCUGACGAGGCUUUGCUUUGACUGACCAUCCGCUCGACCGGCCCGACAUGGCGGAGGCGGAGUCGUCGGCCGAACUCUCCGGCACGCUGACGAGCGCGUCUCUUCCUCCGCUGCGGACGCGAAUCUUCAAGAUCAUCGUGAUCGGAGACUCCGGAGUCGGGAAGACCUGCCUCACCUACCGCUUCUGCGCGGGCAAGUUCCCGGAGAAGACCGAGGCCACGAUCGGAGUGGACUUCAGGGAGAGGCUGAUCGAAAUCGACGGCGAGAAAAUCAAAAUCCAGCUGUGGGACACAGCAGGCCAGGAGCGUUUCAGGAAGUCCAUGGUGCAACAUUAUUACCGCAAUGUGCACGCCGUUGUCUUUGUCUAUGACGUUACCAGCGCUGCUAGCUUUCGGAGCCUUCCAGCCUGGAUUGAAGAGUGCAAACAGCAUGCCCUGGGCAUGGAGGUGCCGCGGAUCCUAGUUGGCAACAAGUGUGACCUCCAGGACUCAAUCCAAGUGAGCACAGACGUGGCUCAGCAAUUUGCAGAUGUCCAUUCCAUGCCCCUGUUUGAGACGUCCGCCAAGAAUCCUAGUAACCAGGGUGACGGCUGUAAUGGUCGAGGAAGCAGUGACCACGUGGAGGCCAUUUUCAUGACAGUGGCCCACAAGCUAAAGUCUCAGAAGCCGCUAGUGUUGAGUCAGCCACCUGUAGGAGGUGGAGGCUGGGCGAGCACAGUUACCCUGAGGGGUAAGGACAAAGGGGAGGAUGGUGCGAGAAGCUGGGGCUGCAGCAGCUGCUGAGAGAUGGAAAGGAGGAGCAAAGAAAUAGUGAAGGGGGCAACUUCAGCCUUGGCCUCAGCAAGGACUUUAUAAAGCAGGAGGAAGCUGAGGGAUAAACGACGAAAAAAUUAGAUUCCACCUAAAGUGUGAUUGGUCAUCAUUAUGUACACCUUUAUCCUCUCUGAAGAAAAAUGGCAGGCUUCACCGUCUGUCUCGGCUCCAAGGAACAAUGUGAAAAACAACUGAUUAUGGGCAGUGCAGUUCAGUCUAGAUGAGUGUACACUUUAAAAAAUUGCUGGACAGGUUUCUGUGACAUGGCUAAAGCCUAUCCCCUAACAUGGUUUCAGAAAGACCAGGGCAAGGCAUUAGCCAUGUCUGUUAAACCAUCAUAAUAUACACCUGUUGACGCACUUGGAAAAAGUGCUUGGAAUAACAUGUCAGAAAUAGUCUGAAAUUGAUUAAAAGGACGAAAAGGGAACAUUCAAGAAAGGCUUUAUGCAAUGUCUGCAUGGAGUUUAGAAAAUGGGGUUUAUGUGUGUUGUAUCUGCGUACACCCCUCCUGAGCAUGUACAUGUGUUUAAAAGGGUGCACACAUUACCAUAUGAAUCAACAAGAACACUAUCAAGUCAGCUAGCCCGUGAAACAUGGUGAAAACAUACCUCUCGUAUUAGUCUACAGGUCUUUGUAGUGUACUUCUCUCGGGCAUCUGAAGAUGUAAAUUGAUUCCUAUAUCUAUUGUAUACCCUGUAUCUAAGCCUAUAAAGCACUAUUCAGCUUGUCUUAGAUUUACAGCCGUAACAUCUAAAACACCGUUGUGUGACAAAAGCUGAUUUAAUGCCAAGUCAUUUCUCUUUAGUCAUGACACCCCACAGCCUUGUAGAACUUAAAUCCUGAGAAUAUGUUGGUUUGCUUGGCUAUGUCCUCCUGGCUUUGAAUGUUAUAGUUAUGGCCAGUGUUGCUUUCUGGGUGUUUGGUGGCACAGCUGGUUCUGUGGCUCCUUUUGUUAUCCAAUGCAAGAAUUGGCUUUGUACACGUUGCUUCUUUUGAGGGAUACUGACUACCAAAAAACGUUUUAAAAAAAUCCAUGGCCUUCUCUCAGGAUUCACAUGGUUAAGAGGCUAUGCAUUCAAAUGCGAAAGAAAACAAGACUUAAGUUUGGUCUCCUAUGUAACUGCAUCUAUGACCUGUAAUAUGAUUAUACAGAUGCAAAAUACUACAGAACAUGUGCAUAUCAUACAAUCAACUGCUACUUUAAGUUCUGUUAAGUGUCCUUUGUUUCUAUGCUCGGUAAUUGAUGCAGUUCAACUUUUUUCUCAACCCUUAUAUUUGGUUCUCAUUUUGUCUUACCGUGGCUCUUUGCUGUCAAACAUUUGUACUGUGACUUUACUGUAACACUAUUGAAUAGCUUAUUGCAAGUUCUCUGAAAAAAAAGAAAA